AUACAACAAACACAACACGCUCUACUACUACAAUAAUAUCUCUCUCUCUCAUCUCUCUCUCUCUCUCUCUCUAUUUUUGUGUAGCCCGCUAAUAUAUCGACACCUGUUUCAGUCUUUUUUGUUUUUUUGGUUUCUUCUUCUUCUUCUUCCUUAUUGUUCGUCUUCCUCGAUAUUUUAGACGAAACAGCAGAUUCUCACUUUACGAGGCUUUUGCUUACGGAACCUCUCUCCCUCUCUCUCUAUCAGAUCCAUCAGGAAAGGUCUUGCUCUUAACCGAUCUUGAAGAUGGACAGGGCAGAUACAUGGGGAUUUGUCAGUGGUGGGAGAUGUUUAUAUCUCAAGUUGCUUUUAUGUUUAUAGCUCUUACAAAAGGUGUUCUAAGUAUUUUGUUGUUUUAGUCGUCAGUUCUGCAUCCUUCUUCUAUAUCUACUCUUCAUAUGGAUUUGAACGAGAGUGUUGUUCACUAUUCUCGUGGCAAUGGUAUUGCAAAGCUUGACAGUUUCGGUGAUACUGCUCUUAGCUUGAAAUGUCUUGGAAGCAGUGCAGCUGGGAGAUUAAUUGGGACCUCUCACCAUAACCAUAAGCUUUGUUCUGAUGUUUCUAAUUGUCCUGAUGGUGGCUGCCGGUUGGUUCUCGGUUUGGGUCCAACACCGCCUUCCUACUAUUACAAUGUCAAGGUUAAUAAUGAUAAUAACAAAGGGUCAGCUUCUUCCGGGAGUGUUCAGGAACUCUCAUCAGGAGGAGGUAACUCAAUUCUGCAACUUGGUCCUCUCGCUGUGACCACAGAUACUUUCAGCGGACUUGAUUGUUCGUUGUUGACAUAUGCGGAUACUAAUGUUUCCCAAGCUCUAUUUGAUGAGGGUUCUACAUCUGCAAGGCGAUCAGGCGGCUAUAUGCCAUCGCUUCUUUUUGCUCCAAGAACGGAAACUGUUAGAAAACCUUCAAGAAUGCAAGAGUGUAGUACUAAUUUUGGAACUGAUGCCUAUACUUCACAGCUGAGCCAUGAGUCAGAGUUCUCUAUAGGUGCCUUCUCUGAUAGGACGGCAUCUGCCACGUCUUCUCAGCAAAGGAUGAGCAAUCCAAAGAAGUGCAAGUUCAUGGGAUGUGUGAAAGGAGCAAGAGGAGCUUCGGGGCUCUGCAUUGGCCAUGGAGGUGGGCAGAGGUGCCAAAAGCCAGGCUGCAACAAAGGUGCUGAGAGCAAAACCACUUUCUGCAAAGCUCAUGGCGGAGGAAAGAGAUGCCAACACUUGGGAUGUACAAAGAGCGCUGAAGGAAAAACCGACUUCUGCAUAUCUCAUGGUGGUGGAAGACGUUGUGGAUUCCCUGAGGGAUGUGCUAAGGCUGCACGUGGCAAAUCCGGGCUCUGCAUCAAGCAUGGUGGUGGCAAAAGGUGUCGGAUUGAAAGCUGUACACGAAGUGCUGAAGGACAAGCAGGGCUUUGUAUUUCCCACGGUGGUGGACGGCGUUGUCAGUCUUCAGGCUGUACAAAAGGUGCUCAAGGAAGUACAAACUACUGCAAAGCUCAUGGUGGCGGGAAACGCUGCAUAUUUGCGGGAUGUACAAAGGGAGCAGAAGGUAGUACUCCGCUGUGUAAAGCACAUGGUGGAGGAAAACGUUGUAUGUUUGAUGGUGGAGGUAUUUGUCCUAAAAGUGUUCACGGUGGGACUAGUUUCUGUGUAGCUCACGGUGGUGGGAAGAGAUGUGUUGUGACCGGGUGCACAAAGAGCGCUCGUGGACGGACUGAUUGUUGCGUGAAGCACGGUGGUGGGAAACGGUGUAAGUCUGAUGGUUGUGAGAAGAGUGCACAAGGUAGCACUGACUUCUGCAAGGCACAUGGUGGUGGGAAACGUUGCUCAUGGGGAGGGGAUUGGAAAUGCGAGAAAUUCGCUAGAGGAAAGAGCGGUUUAUGCGCUGCGCAUAACAGUAUGUCUCAGGAUAAAGCUGGAAGCAAGAUUGGUUUGAUUGGACCGGGACUUUUCCGUGGCCUAGUCUCUACUUCUUCCCAUACCACAACAACUGCAACUACCACUACUACUACUACUACUACCACUGAUCAUUCUCAAUCUGGAGUCAGCGUGGUAUCUGAUUGCACGGACUCCAUUGAUCGCCCUCUGCCACCGCUGCAUCAUCAACCGGAGAAAAGACAGAAGCUGAUGAUACCAAUGCAGGUUCUUGUUCCUCCAUCAAUGAAGUCCUUGAGCUUCUCAAACAGUGAGAGACCCGAAAUGGAAACAAACAACAACAGUAGUGGCAGCAAUGGGAGGAGCAUCUUUGACUUUAUGAUUCCUGAGGAGAGAGUUCACGGUGGUGGGCUAAUGUCUCUGCUUGGUGGUAGCAUGAAACAACAAACACUCCAUUGAUGGAAUUUGAAAGCUUCUUCUCUAUGUGUGUAACAAAGCUAGAAUCUGUGUAAAGCUUUAUGUAAUAUGUAUAGUUUUUGGGUUU